AUGGCCAAGAGCAUGCGUAGUAAAGUCAAGAGACGUUUCCGUGCAAUUAAACGACAGUCUGUCUUUGAACCAGCUGAGGCUGCUCGAGCACAAAGACUUGCAGCAAAUCAAGUACAGGCAGCUGGACCACAACAAAUGAAUUCCACGUCAAUAAAAAAGGAGGGAUCACAAGAUCAAUUACCACCGCAACUCGCAAAUACAUACUCUACAACAGAUAUAACUUCAGGUUCGUUAUGUUAUGAAAUACUAGGAUUGAUCGAUCCUGAUAUAAUUGAUUCAACGAACUUUGAAGGGUUAAUGAGUAUGGUAAUAGAUACUGAUGCUCCAAAGAUCUCUACAAGUGGACCAAGGAAUAGUAGACAUCAACAAUGGAAAAGGAAAAAGCUUGCUGGGAAAAAGAAAUUUGCUGGGAAAAAGAAACGGAAUGUUUUAGUACAUUUUUAA